UAAAAUGACAAGAGCAUAAUCCUUGUUUUUUUUUUUCAUUUCAACAAUAAAUGAUAAAUAUUAACAGAUAUGGCUGUACCCCGGGACAAUUGUGGAAAUGUUCAGAGUUUUGCGAACUGAUAAACAAGUACGUGGGCAAUUGCUAGUCUCUUUAUUCCAUGCUAUCCAGAUAAUUGAAGACUUCGCCGACAGCAAGAUGUUUACCGACCAUUAUCAAUGGCAAAGGAGCUUGUUUGGCCACAGUUUCAGUCCAAUUCCUUCGUCAUGUGGUGAAAAUGGCGAAUGCACUGCUAGCACUGUACAAGUUUUGAAAUCGUGGCUUCAAGCUCACGAGGAGGCUCAGGUGAUGCUGGCGAGCAUACUGGUUGUGGUCGGUCUGUGGUGGAUGGUGCGAGCGGUGUUAUCUCUGCUCAUAAACCUCGUGUGCCCAUUGCUAGUCGUUGUGCUGGCUGUUGUUUGCAUACCUCAACUACGAACACCGUUACUGGGACAAAAUUAUCCAAUGCUAGCAAGUCUACUUCGAAGCAUAUUACUCAAAAUGGCGGAAAAUAUAAAAACUCAAUAGUAAACACAAGUAAAGGACAAAAUAUACAAGUGCAACCGUUCCCUUUUUCACCCAUUAAAAAACAACCUGAUCAAAAGAAACAAAUAUAAUCUCGAAUGGAAAUGUGAGCAAAAGAGCAAGCCGCCACACUGGCAACAUCGUCAAUACGAGGCAUAAUGUUGCCACAUUUUUGUUUCCACUCCAGUAUUACGCUUACGUUAAUUAUAAAGUUUCCAAAAUACAAAAUUACUCUUCUUGAAUACAAGCCAACAUCAAAAACCACUACACAUCCAGCGGAAUGCGGGAACAAGUUCAGUUAAUGUUAAUUGUAACAAAAAUCCACAAGGCAUUAAAAAGCUAGAGGUAAAAAUAUUGUAAUAAAAU